AUGCACCGCUCCACCGCUCUACUCGCCCUCGGGGCUCUUAGCUCACCAGCUUCUGCCGGCUGGCUUAAGUCAAACCAAGAGACAUCAUGGGAACCUCCUCGUCAGACGGGCAUCUACGGCCCCGAAGCAGGAAACCAAGCCAAUAUCGCCCUCGGAUGGUCACCUGUGCCAACCGACGCUCCCCAGCUUGCCGGUGCCAUGGACUUGAAGUUUGCCUUGGGCAGGAGAGAUCUAGCGCCUACGACCUGUGGUUUUGGUAAAGCAGGAAAUUCUUUUACUUGUAUCUCUAGUGUCGCCACUUGCAGUUAUUCUAAUGGCUGGAUUGGAUGCUGUGAAACCGGACGGGCUUGCAAGUCAGUGAAGACAACUUGUGUCGAUUAUACCGCAUCUUCUUCUGUCUGCGCUUUCCUCGAAGAUUUUCACACUCUCUGCUGUGACCAAACCUCCAAGUUCUGCCACACUUGGGUCGGUACUACAUCUGGCGACCCUUACACAAUUCUCGCCUGCGACACCACCAGGGGUAGUUCUGCACUUCUAUUUUCCGAUCCUUUAGCUACCGGUGAUUCGAAAACUUCUCAGAGUGAUGCGUCGACAACGGAAGAUGCCUCUUCGGCCACGAACGAACCCCCCACCACAGUAACUCAAACUGCUGCAUCAGCUACGGAAUCCGAGAAAGACGAAGGCGGUACCAAUGUUGGUGCUAUCGCUGGUGGCGUUGUUGGAGGUGUUGCUGCUUUGGCUCUGGUCGGUAUCGCUGGUUUCUUGCUCUUCCGCCGUCGCAAGAAGUCCAAUGCUGCCACUGCCGCCGCUGCUGGUACUGGCAACAACCCACAAAACCCUCCCCAGAUGGCUCAGAAUCCUCAGAGCCCAGGAUUUGUUCCCUCUUCGCCUUCAAACGCCACAUAUCCUUCAGGAGUGCCUUCCAACUUUCAGGGCUACCAACAGGCAUACGACCCUUCAUUGACCACCCCCUACGGCCAGCCUCAAGGAUAUCAGCAGCCUGGCUACGGUGGCUACUCUCCUCAACCUCAAGGAUACGCUCAGCAAGGUUUCGGCCAGCAAGGUCAAUAUCCUGCUCCUUAUGGCGCUGGUGGUUAUGGUGUUCCUUCUACCGCCUCACCUCCCCCAGGCCAGUUCACGCCCAGUCCUGGACCUAACAAGGAAGGCCACGAAUCCCCACAAGCUCAAGAGUUGCCUGCCGUGCAACCUAUCGGAAACGAGGGUAACCGUGCAGAGCUCAGCUAG